GCUAUUUUUUCCUCUAAAAAGUUGGCAAUAUUGGCCGUGGAACUAAAGUUGUUCGUUUGAUUUAGCUGCCGUUGCAAUUUUUACUUAAUUUAAGUCACACCAUGGGUCGCAACAAGGCCAAUGCUAAGAAGGGAGCGGGAACAGGCAAGGGAGCUGGAGCAGCUGCAGGCAAAGCGUCUGCCAAGCCGGCUCUAAAUAAGUCGAAAAAGUCAAAGAACGUUUUUAAGGUUGCCAACAACAAGGGCAAAAAGAAGCCCAAGGAGGUGCAAGGCAAGCUGAAGCAGAUUAAAGAGGCAGUCAAGUCCAAGCAGGAGAAGGUUGAUGCCAGCCUUAAGGUGUUGCACAAGGAUUUGGUUGUCAAGAAGCCAAAACCCACAGUGUCGCCCAUUAAGAACAGCAGGAAGCCAGCGGCCAAUGCCACAAAGGUCACGGAUACGCUGGGCAAACUCAAGUUCUGAGUGAUCAAUUUCUAGCCAAGUGUUAUAUGAAAACUGUUAAUUCUGCUAGUUCAAAAUUUAUACAAAUAUAUAUUAGAUAUAUUGACAGAAUA